AUGCCCUCGCCCAUGCCCGAGCCGAGUGAGAAGCAGUGGGUCACAGUCAGGACAACUCUUCCAACCGUCCCAUACCCUCUCACAGAGUCGCGUGCGCCCAUCACAACGUCGCGACUCCUCAUCCGGCCGUUGGCGGACAGCGACCUGGAGACUUUGCACGUCCUUCAGACACAGCCCCAAGUAGUGCAAUGGUCCAGCCGCGCUGUCUUUAAUGCCAGCGUUGAAGUCACCCGGAAGAUACUCCGUGACAAGCUCGCGGACGAUUUGGCCACGUACGAGAUGGCCAUCUGCUUGCGCGACUCCGGGGAGAUGAUCGGCAUCGGAGGAUCGCAUCGCCGUGUCGGUAACCUGGGCUGGCCGGUGCUCAGCUACGCGUUGCGGUUUGAGCAUUGGGGAAAGGGCUAUGCGACAGAGUUCCUCCAAGCGUUUCUGCGCCGGUGGUGGGCGCUGCCGAGGGAAGAGGUGGAGGCGCGCGUCGAGGCCAGCACGGUCAGAGGUGACGGCGACGUCAAGGACGAGUGUGUGACAUCCGUGGCAACGGAGCGAAACGUCGCCAGCCAGAGGGUCAUGGCCAAGAGUGGCAUGCGCCUGGCCAAAGUGUGGCGAGAAAAAGACUUGUCCAAGCCCGACGAGGAAGCACUGAUCACGCUGCUGGGCUUUGCGACGACAAAGCCCUCGGAAUGA